AUGGCUACCACAUACCAGCUCACUUUGUCGGACGAGUCCAAGGAGAGAAUCAUGAAGGUUUUGGGAUACUCCAGGACCAUCGCACACUAUGGUUUUAUCCCUUUCAUCUUGUACUUGGGAUGGAAGUCUACUCCAAGCAAGCCCUCUUUGUUCAGUUUGCUCAGUCCUUUCCCAUCUGCCUAA